AUGGCUUCUCAGAGCCCGCACAAAAGGGUCCGCGCUUCUCACAACCCGCACUGGCGGGUUCUUGCCGCGUCGGUGCUUCUCGCGCUGCUCCUGUUCGCGCCGCCCGUUCCCGCGCGCACCAUGGACGCCGCCGAUGACGGCGGGCACGGCGGCGGGGAUCACGAGAUUCCGUCGCAAGGCAAACUAACGUCGCGGGACGUGUCGAUUAGCAGCAAGCGCGCGUUGCGGAAGAAGCUGAAGAAGUUUGUGGAUCCGCUGCCCGUUCCGCCGGUCGUCAAUGCGGACCGGCUUCCGAAAGACUCCAGCGGCGCCGCGGAUCUCACCAUCACCGCUUUUAGCGUGAAACGGAAAUUCCACCGCGAUCUGCCCCUAACCCGCACGUACGCGUUCGGGCUCACACGCAAGUCGGCCAGCGUGCCUGGGCCGACGAUCAUGGCGCGCGUGGGAGCGCCGCUGCACGUGACAUGGCAGAACAACAUCACGGAUCAGCAGCAUAUCAUGCCCGUCGAUUACACGCUGAUGGCUCCCAAGCUCAAGAAAGGGGGCGUUCCUAUCACUGUUCAUUUGCACGGCGCACAGGUCUCCAGCUCCUAUGACGGCCACCCUGAGGCUUGGUACACGCACUGGGGAGAGAAAGGACCUCACCCUCACCCCGUUUCUGAUGGCAGCAGCAGCACCACCAACGGCACCAGCAUCACCUUUCCCUUCCUCCAAAUUGCGUCGGAAGCCGGUUAUCUCAACCGCCCCGUGUUCCUCCGCAGAAUCACCCUUGCUCCCGGGGAGCGCGCGUGUAUCAUUGUGGAUUUCAGUCAGCUGCCUGCGGGGACGACAAUUCGGGUGAAGAACCGAGCUGCUGCACCGUAUCCCGGGGGUGAUUUACCCACGGGGGAUCUACAGUACGUCAUGCAGUUCAACGUGGAGGGUGACCCGGUUGCAGACCCCUCCACAGUGCCAGCCAGGCUUAACUCUAUCCCGCUUCUCAACCUCAAAAACAUCGCCGCAACAAGGGAAGUUACUCUUUCAGAAAUGGAAGACAAGGCAACUGAGGAGCCUUUAAUGGGCAUGAUUGACAUGAAGCACUUCAACGAGAAAGUCGACAUAACGCCGACAUACAGGACCCGAGAACUAUGGUACCUCAUCAACCUCACGGAAGAUGCACACCCGAUCCACAUCCACUUCACCCCACACCGCAUCCUCUUCCGCCGCCCCUUUAACAAGGGGCUCUACGAAACUAGGAAAUGCAGCAUUCCUGCAGGGACCUGUUUCACUGGUCCGGCGAUUUCGCCCAGGCGGAACGAGAGGGGAAUGAAGGACACGACGAGGGCUCCUCCAGGGUAUGUGACUGCUCUGGUGGUGGAUUUUUCGCCGUGGAUGGGGAAGGAGCUGAGCUUUGAUCCCACCAAGGGACCGGGGUACAUGAUUCACUGCCACAUCUUGGAUCACGAGGACAACGACAUGAUGCGUCCUUUCAAGAUUCUGCCAGCUAAGUAG